AGCCAUUCCAGCAUCUCGUCCUUCAUCAGCAACCUUGUGGUGCUUCUGCGCCCUUCUUUAGCAGAUUGAUUGCUCUAGUUUGCUGGUGUUUUUGGUCCCUGGCGAGAUCUCUCUCUCUCUCUCUCUCUCUGUAAUGCAAGGUCCUGUUUGCGUCAGACCCAGUUUCUGUUUCGUAGCUAUGGCGACCUCCAUCAGCACCUUGGCUGCCUGCCCCGCUACCACCACCUCCUCUUUCCUCUCUGGCUCUACCUGCAUUCAGGUGAAUCGGGGCGAGUCGAGAGUGACGUGCAAGAGGGCCGAGAUUCAUCCCCAGUUCUAUGAGCAGGCCAAGGUAUACUGCAAUGGAGAACUUGUUAUGACCACCAGCGGGACACAGACUGAGUAUGUGGUCGAUGUGUGGUCGGGUAAUCACCCCUUCUACCAGGGCAACAAGUCUGCUCUUGUUCUCGACGCAGAUAGAGUGGAGAAAUUUAGGCAACGAUUUGGAGGAAUCGGCGCAAUUCAGGAAAUUCCCACUCUAAUAUCAGGUGAAAUUGUCUUUCAAAAGAAGAAGAAAGGACCGAUCAAGGGAGGCAAGGGAGGCAAGAAGUAGAUGACUAAUAUAUUGGGUGCAAUACUCUUUAGGUUUAGUUUGAAACAACAGCAUCCAGUUUUGUUUUCUGUAGGUUAGUGUAUUUUCACUCGCUCUUCCAUUGUUAGAGCUGGAACGUUACCAAAUCCUUUAUGCACUAAACAUGAAUGCAGAUUUAGUCUUUGUAACA